AGAGAGCCCACACUUGUUGGGCUUACGUGGCAGGUUCGGGCAUGUCAACUUGAAGAUGAAUCACAUAAGAGUCAUUGCCCGUUGUGCCCGGAGGAACGUAGUAACAACUACGGGCAGCUUCAUACACUCUCUCUCUUCUCUCUAUAUCUGAGUUUCUGAAAACUCUUCAUUGAUCACACAAAUCUCAAACACUCUUUCAUUCAUGAACAAAGCUCAUCUCUUCUAGUUUCUUUCCUUUAUUCUCCAAUCUAACGUGUUUCAUUUAACGACAGAGUUGACAGAGAGAGAGAGGAUGGAGUGGGAAGAACAAGGUUUGAAGUUGUCGUUGGUGGUUGAUAGCGCUUCAGUGCUAAUGCUCACCGUGUCGGCUCUAACGGCUACUGUGCUUUCCUCUUUGAUAGAGCUUCUCUAUCAGGUUGCUGUCUUGGAGAGUGAUGUUAAAGAUAAUGGAAACGAGGUUGUUGAUGCAGAGGAAGGCAAUGGAACCAAUGAAGAUGGUGAUAGUGGUGAUGAUGAUGGAGGGGAAGAUGAAGAAGGUGGUGAAGAUGAUGGCGCAGAAGAAGUAAAGGAGACUAAGAAAGGAACUGCAAGUGGUCCUGGUGAGAAUGGUGAAGCUGGAGAUGAUGAUGGUGAUGAACCUGAAGGGGGUGACGACAAUGAUGAUGAUGAUGAAAACAAUGAUGAUGAUGAAGAUGAAGAAGAGGAGGAUGACGAUGGUGGUGAAGAAGAGGAAGAGGAGGUGGAAGAGGAGGAAGAGGAAGAAGAAGAAGAAGAUGAGGAGGAAGAGGCGCUACAGCCCCCAAAGAAGAGGAAGAAGUAAACAACCAACCACUUUGAUCUGCUAACGAUUUAGAUUCACAAAAUCAAAACUUGUUUUGGGUUUUUACCUGAAGAGUAUCUUAAGGCAUCAUCAGCUUCUUUAGCAUCCACUGUGUCUCUCUGUUGUUCCAUAAAUCAAAAAGACCUUUGUUUACCGUUGCAGCUCCUUGUUCACCAGUUUAAUCUUUUAUAUAUGUGCAUAUCUAGCCAUUUCAGCG